AUGUUCCGAUUUCUUGGUUCAUGCAGUCGAACGGUGUCGUUGUCCUAUUCAUCCACAACAACUGUAUUUUUAAGAUCGAUACGUCCUCUUUCUAAUCAGCACAAAACAUCCCAGGCUCAAUCAUCUAAUCCUAAAUCAGUAUCUCAUCAAGCUCCAUCAAUGGGAACACGUAAACUCGAUGUAAAAAAAUUAUUUUCUGAUGAUGAAACUGAGAAAAUUCCGAUUCCAAUAAGUCCUCGUCGACCAAAUAUUCUUCAUUCUUCUUCAUUCGAUGAUCCAUCAAGGUUAGCAUCAAAUUUAUCAACAAAAACUCGAUACGAAAAUGAUAUUUCUAAUAUUAAUGAUUAUGAAGCCGAAGAACAACGGCGGCAAUUAGCACGAAAAACUGAGGCAAAAACAUCCAAUUCUAAGAUGCAAUCGAAAAGGGAAACAUCUCGAAAAACAGCAACAAAUAAAAUUAACGUUGAAACAGUAUUCGAUAGUUCACAAUAUAUUUCCACGGAAAAAGUGCCUGGACAAAAGAAAAUUAUAACAGAUAGUUCUGAAAAAUCCAAUGUACACAAACCGAAACAACCAAAAAGAGAACGAUCAUUAACAAAACAAUCAGAUGAAUCUGCUACUCGAGAAGAAUCUGAUGAUCAAGCACCUGAUCAAAUGCUUUCAGCAAAUAUUAGAGAAGCAAAUACUGUCGAAGAUUUGAUGACUAUUUUUGAUAAAUAUGUUAUAUCGACAGAAUUUGCAUUAGGUUUACAGAAAAUGUGUCAAUUAGCAUCAAUUGAAAAUAGCGACGCUACUCAAACUUAUGCACAAUCUGGUAAUGCACGAAAUCGUAUGGAAUCCCUUUUAAUUACUUUUUUGAGCAAAUUCAGUGAUCAUGAAGUAUUAACAGCUAUAGCAUUUGUUACAAAAUAUUAUCCUGAAGAUAACGAAUUUACUGAUAGAUUUUCUCUCGCACUUGCCAAUCGGUUAAGACGUAUCAGUGUUCAUCAAAUUGUUCGUAUAUUAGAAGAAUUAAAAUCUUCGCGUCAUACAGCACAAUGGAUUCAUCGUAUUUACAAUCGCCUUUUAGCUUUAGCUGAAGGUCGCUAUUUUGAAUUCGAUAAUAUACGCGAUAUAAUAGCAUUAACACAUAAAUUAUCGUACAACGAUCGUUUAAUAAAUCGUUUGGAUGAAAGAAUUUUAGAAAUAAGUGAUACUCUUGUAUUUGAUGAUUGGUUUAAAAUAUUAGUUAAUAAAUCAAUGUUAAAACGACGUGAUAGAACUGUUAUACGUGCUGCUUGUUAUCAUUUGCUUAAAUUAAGUGAAUCGUUUUUAUUUCCAUUAGAGAAAUUGAAAGAUUGUCUUUUGGCAUGUUCCAUGUUAAAUGUAUAUGAUAAAUCAUUUCUAGAACGAUUAAUUCGAGAUGCAUUUGAACAAAUUAAUAAUAUUAAUGAUCCAUUUGUAUUUCAAUCAAUUGUAACUUCUAUGGGAACACUUCGUUUACGCCAUUGCGAAUUACUUGAUGCAUUUGGAAGAUUACUUUUAGAAGAAUCUAAUGUAUUUUCAUCAUCAAAAAAUAAAUGUGUACAAACGUUUAUACGUACAUGUGCUUCUGUUAAUUAUUCUCCGCCUUUAUUAUCGAAAAUAAUUGAAAAUCAUUUAAAACUUGACCAAAAUAUUCAUGAAGAUAAUCAAUUAAAUGAAAUAAAAAGUCGUAUUGAUCUUGUUUGGUCACUUGCUAUCUUAGAUCAAGCAAAUCAAAAUCAUUUAUCUACUGUUCUUAAUCAAGAUAUAUUUCAAGUUGUACAAAAUGAAAUAUCAAAUUCAAAAAUAGCAAGUGCUCUCAAAUUGCUUACAACUUAUUCAUAUAGUUUACAAAAAAUUUCAAAAAAAUUUCCUAAACCAACAUUUAAUAUUGAACAACUUGCACAACAAUUGACAUUAAAAGAUUCGAAUGCACAAGAUCAAUUAGCUAAAACAGUUGUAGCGUUUGCUGCUGAAAAUAAACAUGCGAAAUUUAAUGUUGUUACAUCGAAUAUGAUUGUCAUUGAUUGCUUAAUGGUAGUUGAUAAAGCAGGAGCACCACAAGAUUUAAAUACUGUUUUAACGAAUGGAGAUAACAACGGUAGUAAUGGACAAACUACAUUUAAUAAAAUUCGUAUGGAUGAAAAUAAUUUUAAAAUUGCACUCAAAUGUCUUGAUUAUCAAGAUAAAACACUUUUAACAAAAUCUGUUUCGGGUUCUGUAGCAUUACAAUUAAGAUUAUUGAAUUCACUUGGAUAUAAAUGUGUACCAAUUGAUUAUGAUGAAUUUAUCAAAAUUCAAGCACAAAAUGAUAGAAGCAAAUACAUUCAACGAAAAAUCAAGGAAGCUAUUGGUUCAUCAUCUAAUUCAGAUCAUCAAACUAACAUAUUUACAAAUAACAAAACUACUGAAAAUAAUAUAUGA